UUAGUUAAUCCUAACCGCGGGUUCUAGAAAACAGAAAGGUUAAAAAAUAGUACAAAAUUACGUCAACAUGUUGGCCCCAAAGAUUGUCCUCGUUACGGGUGCCAACAGAGGGAUUGGUCUAGAGUUUGUCAAACAGUUCCUUCUGCUAAAGUCACCACCAAAGUAUAUUUUUGCUUGUUGCCGGCAGCCUGACACAGCGGAGGAGUUAAAAGGGGUGGCAAAAGGAAAUCCAUCAGUUCAUGUCCUUAAGUUAGAUGUGUGUGAUCAAUCCUCCAUCGAUAAUGCGAAGGCAUUUUUGGAGUCAAAAGUAGAAGGCGAGGGCUUGAAUCUCCUCAUCAACAAUUCUGCAAUCAUUAGCCAUGCAGACUUAUAUAACGCCACGCGUGAAGAUAUGGCCAAAGUAUACGAAACCAAUGCCAUUGGACCACUUAUGGUUGUUAAGAGCUUCUUACCCUUGUUGAAGAAAGCAGCAAGUGUUGAUCCCUCUGCAGCAAUGUCAUGUAACCGUGCCGCCAUUAUAAACAUAAGUACAGGCGUUGCAUCCAUAUCAGAGAACUCAUCCAGUGGAUUAUAUGCCUACAGAGCAUCUAAGGCUGCACUCAACAUGAUCACGACAAACAUGAGCCUUGACUUGAAGAAUGAGGGUAUCCUUGCAACGGCCAUUCACCCUGGUUGGGUGAAAACAGACAUGGGCGGACCAAAUGCCUUGAUUGACACGGUCACCAGUGUGACAGGGUGCAUGUCUGUCAUGGAGAAACUGCAUGGGGAGGAGGGCACUGGCAAGUUCUACCAUGGAGUAAGGGGCGAUAAGAUUGGCUGGUAAAAAUAUAGGCUGAUAGAUGUAAACUGACAUUUGAUUGGCUGAACACAUUUAUGUGAUUUUGGAUAUACAUGUAUGUGGUGCAUAUUUUAUAUCAUUCAUAAUUUGUAGUUCUCUUUCAACUUUUUAAAAUGAAUUACUCUGGAAAUGCUAAAUUUUGGACAAAACACCAAUAUAUAGACCAGUGCAAAUCAAGCUGGCACAUUUUAAGUCUUUUCGAAUUUACUUUCUGUAUCAUUUGUUAUUUAAAUAUAGCCAAUACUUAGUGAAAAUAAUUGGUUAGCAUUAUUUGUACCUAUAAAUUUUGAAAACCCCAGAUAAUAACACCUUUAAGAGCUUGUUUCUUAUUAACAGUAUGAGAUAAACAUUGCCACAUUGCUGAAAUUGACGUUUGAAUGUACAUAUUGAAUAAAAAUAUAGUCUGGAAUAAUUCACUUUUGAAAUAAAUGAAAAAUUGUUGUCUUAACAAAUAUGACCUCUUUUGAAUUUCUAUUUUACUAAUCAUAUGCACUAAUGUUUUUAAAUGGUGUGUAAGUGUGUAUCGGUUUAAAACAUCAAUAUUAUGCCAUGAGUCUGCCUAUGGAAAUUUAUGCAAGUUUUGAUGAAUAAAUAAUAAGGCAUA